GACAAGGAGAUCCUCGUCUAGUGGAGGAGUGGAUUCAGGGUCUCGAAACCAUUUUUGAGAUUACCGAAUGCACAGAAAGGCAGCGUAUUAUUUGUGCUCAAUUGCAAAUGACCGGAGAUGCUCGGCUAUGGUGGAACUCCUACUGGGGCAUGCGUCCUGGGGAGAAAGAAAAUCUCACUUGGAUGCAAUUCAAGGAGAUGAUGGAAGAGAAAUACUAUCCAGUUCACUAUCGGGCUGAGAUGGAACGUCAAUUCUUGGCAUUAUCCCAAAAAAAUCGUACAGUUGAUGAGUAUGAGAGAGAGUUUACUAGAUUGGGAUCUUUUGUCAAAUAUCUGGUGGACACAGAGGCUAAAAAGGCAAGACGAUUCCAAGAUGGGUUACAACGAGAAAUCCGUCAUCAUGUAGUUGAACACUGUAUUCAGACUUAUGCUGAUAUAGUGGUCAAGGCUCAAGAAGUAGACGCAAGUUUCCGGAGGGGCGAUGGCCAAAUUCAGGUGCAGCCAAUUGCUCAAAUUCCAGCUCAACCACCAGUACAGCCCACGCCUGUCCAACAGGCUAAAGAUAAGAACAAGAGGAAGUGGAAAGGUCCCCAGAAUAAUAACAAGCAGAAGCAGCAAGCUAAUCGACCACAAUUUCCAGCUUGUGGUAAAUGUGGGCGUAGUCAUCCAGAAGCAUGUUUAGCAGGGCAGAAUAUUUGUUUUUUCUGUCGGAAGCCUGGUCAUAAUCUCAAGGAAUGUCUAGAUAGGCAGCAGCAGAGGAAUCAGGGGCAGCCUCAGCAGCAGAGGGCAGGACCUCAAGCUCAAGUGUAUGCUGUGGAGCAAGUUCAGGUAGAACAUAACCCAGGUACUAUGUCUGGGAUGAUUAUUCUGAACGAUAUUCCUAUUUUUGCAUUGUUUGAUACGAGAGCGACGCAUUCAUUCGUGUCAAAACGAUGUAUAGAAAUCACAGGAGCUAAAUUCAUUAACACUGUUGACCCUCUUGAGGUAAGCUUAGCCUCAGGACAGAAAAUAGUGACGAGUUCUAAGGCAGAUAACCUUAGACUCAAUAUUGGAGGACGAAUCUUGGAGGUCGGCGCGUACGUCAUCGAGAUGAGGGAUUUUGACCUCAUACUUGGUAUGGAUUGGCUAACAUGUUACCGUGCUGAUAUUCGUUGUCAUAACCGAGAGGUAAUUCUUUAUCUUUCGGAGGAGGAUCAAAUUCCUUUCUAUGGCUCGAAGAUGCGAACGUUGCCUCGGGUGAUUUCUAUGGCGAAGGCAAAGAAGAUUAUAAGACGGAAGGAUUGUCAAGGAUAUUUUGUGAGCAUUGUUGACGAAAAUUCGAGAUCACAAACACCUCAUGAUGUUCCAAUUGUUCGUGAGUUUGUGGAUGUGUUCUCGGACCAACUACCAGGAAGACCACCCAACAGGCAAGUGGAGUUCACAAUCGAUCUUGUUCCUGGAGUAGCGCCUGUGUCGAAGGCACCAUAUCGGAUGGCACCAAAAGAAUUGCAAGAGUUAAAAACUCAAAUUCAAGAGUUGUUGAAACUUGGUUUCAUUAGACCAAGCAUUUCGCCUUGGGGAGCACCUGUAUUGUUUGUCAAGAAGAAGGAUGGUUCCAUGAGGAUGUGUAGCGAUUAUCGGGAUUUCAACCGGUUAACGAUAAAGAAUAAAUAUCCGCUCCCAAGGAUAGAUGAUUUGUUUGAUCAGUUGAGAGGAGUUUGCGUAUUUUCAAAGAUAGAUUUACGCUCAGGCUAUCAUCAACUGAAGAUUAAGGAAUCUGACAUAGCUAAAACUGCGUUUCGGACAAGAUACGGUUACUACGAGUUUGUGGUGAUGCUGUUUGGGGUAAGUAAUGCACCAACGGUAUUAAUGGAUUUGAUGAACCGUGUUUUCCACAAGUACUUAGAACAAUUUGUCAUCGUCUUUAUUGAUGAUAUUUUGGUAUAUUCCAAGAGUCAAGAAGAGCAUGAGCAACAUCUGAGGGUAGUUCUCGGUACCCUUAGAAAGGAGAAGUUGUAUGCCAAAUUCUUUAAGUGUGAGUUUUGGCUAAAGAAAGUGGCAUUCUUAGGCCAUAUUAUCACUGAGAGAGGUCUAGAAGUGGAUCCAACAAAGAUUGCUGCAAUUCAAAAUUGGUCAGUACCGAAGAAUCCAUCAGAAGUUCGAAGUUUUCUCGGAUUAGCAAGUUAUUAUCGUAGAUUUAUCGAAGGUUUUUCAAAGAUUGCUCUCCCUUUGACAAAUUUAACGAGAAAAUCUGUGAAGUUCGAGUGGUGUGAGAAGAGUUUCCAAGAGCUUAAGAAGAAGCUUACAUCAACUCCAGUGCUGAUUAUCCCUGAUCCUACUAGAAGUUUCACUAUUUACAGUGAUGCUUCGAAAAGGGGUCUUGGAUGCAUACUCAUGCAAGAUGGUCAAGUUGUUGCAUAUGCGUCGCGACAAUUAAAACCGCAUGAGCAGAAUUAUCCAACUCAUGAUUUAGAGUUGGCAGCAGUAGUGCACGCACUCAAGAUUUGGAGGCAUUAUCUCUAUGGUGGCCAGUGUGAAAUAUUCACUGAUCACAAGAGUUUGCAAUAUAUAUUCACUCAGAAGGAGCUCAAUAUGCGCCAAAGAAGAUGGUUGGAGCUUGUGAAGGAUUAUGAUUGCACUAUCCAAUAUCAUCCGGGGAAGGCGAACGUGGUAGCAGAUGCCCUAAGCCGUAAGGUGAAGGGUGGAUUGGCAUGUUGUAUCACUCAACAGAAUCAACUUAUUAAAGA